AUGGGUAAAGGAGACGAAUACCGCCCACCGGACUCUAUAUCGGGGAAGUGGACCGAUAUAAACAAGAAAUGCAUAAACUUUCAAACCGUGUACCAACGCUUGUUUUCCGGAUGGAAAAGUGGAUGUAACGAUGAAGACAUUACGCAAGCGGCAUUGGUCGAGUAUACGGAGGCUAAUGGCCAUUUCCCGUACAUGAGGUGUUGGCAAAUCCUUCGCCAUAGCCCCAAAUGGGCCACCGUAUCUACUCCGAGUGGUCGUUCGGGAAAUAAACGGCCAUCAAAGAGGUCCAAAACAAACGAGUCGGGUGAACCCGAAAAGCCAACCUCCGACGCUCGAAACACCGACUUGAACGAGGAUAUUCCGCAUGACGAGCCGGUGGAGGAGCUACCAAGACCGCCCGGAAGAAGUAGGCGGGCGAAAAAGCCCGAGUCGUCAUCUAUGGGAACAGAUAUGAGUAACGCAUUUUCGGAGAUAAACAAGCGACUUCAAGUCAUACACGAACUUGGUACUAAACGUAUGGAGGAGAACCGCGAAGUUACGGAGAUUAUGCGGGAUAGACAAUGGGCUCACGACUUUGAGUUCUACUCAAAACCGCACGACCACCUUACCGGAAAAGCUUUGAAGAUGGCGUUGGCCCAAAAGGAAAGGAUCGAAAAACAAUAUAAUCUUUGA